GCGAUGCAUCAAAGGCGGAGUAUUAUACCAAGAAGAACGAGAGACGCCGUUUAGCUAUUAACAAUGUCUUAUGGAACGAGGAGGCUGGUAUGUGGUUCGACUUCUCCCUCACUCAAAAUAGAUCGAGGAAGAACUUUUAUGUUUCCAACAUAUUUCCUCUGUUUGCCGGAUGUGGUCACCAGGAUGACAACUUAUCCAAACACCAGUUAUCCGCUGUGACCUCUUAUAUAAAGGACAACAAGCUGGAAUUCUCUGGUGGCAUACCGACUUCCCUUCAUCAUACCGGCCAGCAGUGGGACUUUCCUAAUGCAUGGCCUCCUCUUCAGCACGUGUGGAUAGUUGGUCUGGCCAACGCGGCUACUCCUUCAUUGACCAACAUUGCAUUUACCAAUGCGCAGAAGUGGGUCCGCAGUGUCUACCUCGGCUGGGAAAGGACCAGGGUUAUUUUUGAAAAAAAUGUCAAAAACUGUUGAAACAUUCGGCUUUGCUCGGUAUUUGCUCGAAGUAAAAUUGAAGAAAAAUAUUUAAAAAAAAAAAAACAAAAGAAAAGUUACAGAAAUGUCAAGAAUCGCGUAUUUGAACAUUAGA